CCUGAUGAGAUGCUGCUGGAACCUGCUGUUCCAAGAAUAAUCGCCAGGAAGACAGAAACACGUUAAGAUGCAUAUAAACUUCAGGGCACAACCUGAUCCUCUGGUGAGCCCAAGAGGAUCUAUAAAGCCAGGUUUCAAUGAAGAGAAAAGUACUUACUUUGUAUGCAGAAACAACCCUCAUCCCCGAACAGUGUGCCACAUGAAAGGAUUAAAUGAUGUACCUGUCUGUGUUGUGAAAGACCCAGGCUAUAUUGCAGGACACUUCAUAAUGCCAAAGAUAGAACAGAGUCCGAGUACAACGCGCACUAGAGGAUCGGUUACUAUUCCUGGUACCACAACAACAACUUUACAGUCUCUGAUAAACAAAAGGAAUAGUUUCCCACAGCCAACUUCACUUUAUGAUCAGAGUGAUCUUCAGAGAAAAUAUAUUCCAGAGCAGCCACAAAAUAUGCCUGUAUCUGAGACCCUAGCCCUUUCACCCACCCUGGCCCUCCGUCACAGACCAGAAGUCAUGGAGGACAUCAAUUAUACCUCAACGUACCUGGAUCAUGAAAUAAAAGUCCUGGAAAAGCUUCGUGAUAUUUUACAGACAGACUCCCUUGGAGAGAUCAAAGAGUGGUUGUCAAAGGCAAGUCUGCAUGAGAAGGAGUUUGUAUCAAAUUUCAUACGCUCAGAUAUCACCACCCGAGAUCUGUUGAAUUAUCAUCAGAAACAUGGACAAAGUGGAAGUGAAGCAGUACAUUUAACUUUGCAGGCUCUGCUGAAAGAUUCAAAAGCUGCAGGAUCAACAGGGGAAGAAAAACUAGUGAGUGGCCGUGCUGCGUGA